GCUCCGGGAGGCAAAAGUUGAGCAAAGGAGUGGCCAGACCGGUUCAUUACGAUGUCUGCCUCGCUGCCUCUCUACUGUCUGUGAGGUUCCCCAAGAAGACUGCGGGGCCAAUGGCCCCGUAGUGAAAAGCAGAAGUUUCUAGACAUCUGUUGAGAGCAGGCGCUUGCCUGGAGACGACAACAGUGGUGGAAAGGCAAAGCCAGUCAAACCCGAAGAAAUGAAAUCGCCAAGGACAAUCACGUUCUACUUCGUACUUACUGUGAUUUAUUCUUCAGAAGCUACGUUGAGCAGUCCAGCAGAGACCUUUGUUCAUCCUUCGAUUCCCCAAGAACCUGAGCUAGCAGGGGAAGAGCUACUGAGGCCAAAAAGAGCAGUUGCAGUGGGUGGUCCUGUGGCAGAAGAAUACUCGGUGGAUAUUGAGAUCAGUUUUGAAAAUGUCUCCUUCCUGGAGUCCGUCAAAGCUCACUUGAACAGCCUCAGUUUUCCGAUUCAAGGGAACGGCACUGACAUUUUGAGCAUGGCAAUGACUACAGUCUGCACUCCUGCUGGAAGUGACCUUUUGUGCUUCUGCGAAAAAGGCUACCAAUGGCCUGAGGAAAGGUGUCUCCACUCCCUCACUUGUCAAGAGCAUGACAGUGCCCUGCCAGGUGGCUAUUGCAGUUGUCUGAAAGGACUUCCUCCCCAGGGACCUUUCUGCCAGCUCCCAGAAGCAUACAUUACCUUAAAAAUCAGAGUCAGACUGAACAUAGGAUUUCAAGAAGACCUAAAGAACACAUCCUCUGCCCUCUAUAGGUCCUACAAGACUGAUCUGGAAAGAGCGUUUCGAGCUGGUUACAAAACUUUACCAGGAUUCAGAUCGGUGACUGUGACACAGCUCACCAAGGGCAGCGUGAAAGUGGACUACAUAGUCCGGGUUACAUCGGCACCACCGCCUGGAUCAAUUCAUAAAGCCAAUGAGCAAGUCAUACAGAACCUCAACCAGACUUACAAAAUGGACUACAGCUCCUUCCAAGGAAUAUCAAGCAAUGAAACAAAGUUCACUGUGACACCAGAGUUCAUCUUUGAAGGAGACAAUGUAACUCUGGAGUGUGAGACGGAAUUCGUGACCUCCAACACGUCUUGGUACUACGGAGAAAAACGCUCUGACAUCCAGAACAGUGACAGAUUCUCCAUUCACACCUCAGUCAUUAACAAUAUAAGCCUGAUCACCCGCCUCACCAUCUACAACUUCACACAGCGUGAUGCAGGCUUGUAUGGUUGCAAUGUGACAUUGGAUAUUUUUGAAUAUGGGACAGUCAGAAAAUUAGAUGUCACUCCCAUCCGGAUUUUGGCCAAGGAAGAAAGGAAGGUGGUGUGUGAUAACAAUCCUAUAUCAUUGAACUGCUGCAGCGAGAAUAUCGCAAACUGGAGCAAAAUCGAAUGGAAACAGGAAGGGAAAAUAAACAUUCUAGGGAACCCAGAAACAGACCUAGACUCUAGCUGCAGCACUUACACACUCAAGGCAGAUGGAACCCAGUGUCCCAGUGGGUCUUCUGGAACAACUGUCAUCUACACAUGUGAGUUCGUCAGUGCCUAUGGAGCCAAAGGCAGUAAGAACAUAGCAGUGACCUUCACCUCUGUAGGAGAUAAUUCCAGCUACAAAGGGGAAGUGCCCGAGGUCCUAAGGCAUGUGAUGGAAGUGAGUACAGUUCAGAGCACCACCGGGAACAGCCUAGAAACAAGUAAAACCCAGGAGCGGCAAGCCAACCUAACAAUAACCCCGGACCCAAUUUCUGUUUCUGAGGGACAAAGCUUUUCUAUAACAUGCCUCAGCGAUGUGAGUAGCUUUGAUGAGGUGUACUGGAACACUUCAGCUGGUAUUAAAAUCCAUCCAAGGUUUUAUACCAUGAGGAGGUAUCAGGAUGGAGCAGAGUCAGUACUGACGGUGAAGACCUCCACCCGAGAAUGGAAUGGAACCUACCACUGCAUAUUUAGAUAUAAGAAUUCAUACAGCAUCGCCACCAAAGAUGUCACCAUUCACCCACUGCCUCUGGCGUCAGACAUCAUGAUGGAUCCUUUGGAAGCCAGUGGUCUGUGCACCAGUUCCCAUCAAUUCAAGUGCUGCGUAGAAGAGGAUGCAGGGGAAAAGUACGCUGUGACCUUCCACAUGGAUUCCUCCUCCUUCCCCGCUGAAAGAGAAGUUAUCGGCAAGCAAGCAUGCUACAAAUACAGUCUCCCAGCAAACUUACUUCGGUGGUGUUCCAAAGACAUUGCAGUGUUCUGCCACUUUACCAAUGCAGCUAACAGCUCAGUCCAGAGCCCAUCUAUGAAGCUUACCCUUGUUCCAGAGAAGAAUAUCACAUGCCGAGAUCCCAUCAUAGGUAUUGGGGAGCCUGGGAAAGUCAUCCAGAAGCUGUGCCAGUUCUCGCGUGUUUCCCGAAACCCUGGACAGACCAUCGGUGGGACCGUCACUUACAAAUGUGUGGGCUCCCAGUGGAAGGAGGAAGCAAGGGCCUGCAUCUCAGCCCCAAUCAAUGGUUUGCUCCAGUUGGCCAAGGCUUUAAUCAAGAGCCCCUCUCAGGACCAGAAGCUCCCUACCUACCUGAGGGACCUUUCUGUUAGUGCUGGGAAGGAAGAACAGGACAUCCGCUCAUCUCCUGGGAGCCUGGGAGCCAUCAUUAACAUCCUUGAUUUGCUCUCAACAGUUCCAACCCAAGUGAAUUCAGAAAUGAUGAGAGACAUACUUGCUACCAUUAAUGUCAUCUUAGACAAGUCCGCCUUGAACUCCUGGGAGAAGUUACUACAGCAACAGAGCAACCAGAGCUCUCAGUUCCUGCACUCUGUGGAAAGGUUUUCCCAAGCGCUCCAGCUGGGAGACAGCACUCCUCCAUCCCUCUCCCACCCUAACGUGCAGAUGAAGAGCAUGGUGAUAAGACGUGGCCAACCCCAAAUCUACCAACAGAAGUUUAUCUUCACAGACUCUGACCUGUGGGGUGAUGUGGCCAUCGAUGAGUGUCAGCUAGGAAACUUGCAGCCUGAUUCGUCGAUCGUUACUGUGGCUUUCCCGACUCUCAAAGCCAUCCUUGCCCAGGAUGUACAGAGAAAGACAUCCCCCAGCAGCUUAGUAAUGACAACCACUGUCAGCCAUAAUCUCGUCAAGCCGUUUAGGAUUUCUAUGACUUUUAAGAACAACCAUCGCUCGGGUGGCAAGCCACAGUGUGUCUUCUGGAACUUCAGCCUUGCCAACAAUACAGGGGGCUGGGACAGCAGUGGGUGCUCUGUGGAAGAUGAUGGUAGGGACAACAGGGACAGAGUCUUCUGCAAGUGUAACCACCUGACGUCAUUCUCCAUCCUCAUGUCCCCAGAUUCCCCAGAUCCAGGAUCUCUUUUAAAAAUACUUCUGGAUAUCAUUUCUUACAUCGGUUUGGGAUUUUCCAUAGUCAGCUUAGCUGCCUGCCUAGUUGUGGAAUCCAUGGUGUGGAAAUCAGUGACCAAGAACCGAACUUCCUAUAUGCGCCACAUCUGUAUAGUCAACAUUGCCUUUUGCCUUCUGAUUGCUGACAUUUGGUUCAUUGUGGCUGGUGCUAUCCACGAUGGUCAUUACCCCCUCAACGAAACAGCCUGUGUGGCUGCCACAUUCUUCAUUCACUUCUUCUAUCUCAGUGUCUUCUUCUGGAUGCUAACUCUGGGCCUCAUGCUCUUCUACCGGCUGAUUUUCAUUCUACAUGAUGCAAGCAAGUCCACCCAAAAAGCUUUUGCCUUUUCUCUAGGCUAUGGCUGUCCACUCAUUAUCUCGUCUAUCACAGUGGGGGUUACGCAGCCACAGGAAGUCUACAUGAGGAAGAAUGCAUGUUGGCUCAACUGGGAGGACACCAGAGCACUGCUGGCUUUCGCCAUCCCAGCAUUGAUUAUUGUGGUGGUGAACGUAAGCAUCACAGUUGUGGUCAUCACCAAGAUCCUGAGGCCCUCCAUCGGAGACAAGCCAGGCAAGCAGGAGAAGAGCAGCCUAUUCCAGAUCAGCAAGAGUAUUGGGGUCCUCACGCCACUCUUGGGGCUCACUUGGGGUUUUGGUCUUGCCACAGUAAUCCAGGGGAGCAAUGCUGUGUUCCACAUCAUAUUUACCCUCCUUAAUGCCUUCCAGGGGCUCUUCAUUUUGCUCUUCGGCUGCCUCUGGGAUCAGAAGGUGCAGGAAGCUUUGCUGCAUAAGUUUUCAUUGUCAAGGUGGUCUUCCCAACAUUCAAAGUCAACGUCCAUAGGUUCAUCGACACCCGUGUUUUCGAUGAGUUCUCCGAUAUCCCGAAGAUUUAAUAAUCUUUUUGGUAAAACAGGAACAUAUAACGUUUCCACCCCAGAGACAACCAGCUCAUCCCUGGAAAAUUCCUCUAGUGCUUACUCACUGCUCAACUAGGACCUGACAAAGCCAAAUCCACAGGACCUCUCAGAAACAGGGCCCAUGCCAAGAAAAGGGACCCAUUCAAAUCUAUGGCUAAAGUGUUCUCUCUGCAGACUUCUGGGAGCAGAUGCUGAAGAGACUCUUUCAAUAGAGAAGAUGUUUUCUUUUGUAAAGACAGACUAGAAGCAGUGGCCAUGUUUAUUUUUGCUCCUAGCCCUACCCCUCGUGUACUGCCAAAUAUGUAUAGUAUUUAAAAGAACCCUUCCCACAAGGCUCAACUUGUCUCUAUGUAUUGUAAAAUAGAAUUUUGAAGAGAGUUUUACGCGCGCGCGCACACACACACACAUACCCCCAUUGGCUACAAAGGUAAGAGUUGAUUGAAACAGUAAGUAAAAAGUUAGUAUCCAGGAGUUCAGUGAAUUCGAGGAAGGAAGGAAAGAUGGAGGGAAGGAAGGAGGGAGUAUGAUAAAAUGGAAGAAAGUAAUGAAACAAGGAAGGAAGGAAGGGAGGAAGGAUGGAAAAUGUAGAAAACAUUAGGAAGCAUAUUUUAAGGUUUCUAGGGUUGUGAUUUAAUAUGGCCUCUCAUCUACCACAGCCUUGAGAAUGAAAAUAUAUGGCUCAAAAAUGGAAAAUGAAAUGAAGCCAUGGGAGAUGUACUUAGUAAGUUCCUGAUCUUUCCCCGGCUAAAAGGACAAAAGACAGAGGAAGGAAAGUAGAAAAGAAAGUAGGAGGGAAAAAAUCACCAUGUGGAUGCUUCUGCCUGGAUGAUAAUCUUUGCAAGCAAUGCACCCAAGGAGACACAGUUCUCAUGACAAGGACAUAUACAAACAUUUGUAUGUCAAGGUCCGAGCAGAGCAGGGUGAACACUCAGAGCGCGUAUGACAGCAACUCUGUAAGGUUCAAGUAAAGUUGGUUUCCCAUGCUCUUUCAGAUAAGCGUUGUAUGCUAAUCUGUUCAGCACUGUGAGAGCAAUCCAUGCACAUGUGUAUAUUUCCCCAGAUAAUUGACAAACUUGAUCUACUGUACUGAGCUCACUCUCCCGCAUCUGUCUUACACGUAACAGCUUUAACCAGGUACUCCCCGUGCAUUGUAGAAUAGAUUUAAUAACUGUGUAGCAUGUACAUUCUUGUUUUGCCUUUGUGACUUCAUUGUGACCGUGGUGAUGACAGCCCUUGGCAUGCUGUCUAUAUUGCUAUAUACUAUCCCUUCCCAGCCUUCUAAGUUCCCAGGCCAAUAUACAUUCAGAGUUUCUAUGGUCUGAUUUGUGUUUUCUGGAGAAAAAGUACCUGGCUCUUCUGUGUUCCCAGCCACAUUUUACUUUGAUAAGUAAAUGACAGAUCCCCCAUCCCCACUGCCAAGGAUUUAUGGUUUUGUAUGUGUGUCUCUCGAAAAUACAGAUAUUUAUUAAAACUGCAUCCAUGUUAGAACUCACCGUGCUCUGUAUCCAAGAGCAAGCAUGCAUUCCAUAUCCAAGUGUGGUCCCAAAGGAACAAUGUCAGUAAGGAUGAUAUCUUAGUUAAUUUCUCAUUGCUGUAGUAAGACGCAUGGAUGAAAGCAACUUACAGCAGAAAAGGUUUGUUUCGGCUUACCCUUGGGAAUAUACCCCAUGAUGGCAGGUAAAGCAGGGCUGUAGGACCAUGAGGCCAGCCCAUCAAACCGCUUCAGCUGUCUGGAAAUAAAGAACAGGAAGUGGCAUCAGGCUAUGAGAACCCAAAGCCCUCCCCCCAGUGACAUCUUUCCUCUAGCCAGGUUCUACCUCCUAAAAGUUCUAUAAUCUUCCCAAACAGCACCAUCAACUGGGGACAGAGGACCUAUGGGGGACAUUUCACAUUCAAACAACAACAAACAGCAAACUCUUUAGGAUGGACAUGCAGCAUUGGGUUUUUAUGGCAUGAGAGAUUAUGGGGUUAUAUCAUCAGGAAGACAGAAUAGAAGAGCCUGAGGUCUGAUAUUCAUAGUUCUAAGUACUUUCAGUCUCGUAGUUCUAAGCUUAAAUUCUAGUUCCGCUUCUCUGUUCUUCAUAGCGGAAGGGCAGGGUGGGACAUACAAAGUCCCAUCCCUUGAGUUCCGUUUCUGCUCAAGUGCCAUUCACAUCUUCCCACACUUUCGUGAGAACAGCCGCCCGCCCACCCGUCCCAAUUUAAAGGCUCAUUAUUUAAAGUUCUUACAGGAAAGGAAUCCACAUUUCCUGUGGAUGCACUCUCCAGGGAGUCUCCAGCGCAGAGCAGAGGUCAGUAGAGGGAAGACAGAGAGGAGUCUAGGAUGGGGCAUCCUUUGGAUUAGAAUCAGGUAUCAGAGCAAGAAUGGCCCAGACAGUUCAGCUCCUUGAGUUACAUUAAGGAGAAUUGAGCCAGAGAUGUUUGCAUAGUAUAACAAGGCAACCUCGGCAUCCUGGAAGCUUAGCAUCAGGAGAGGCUGGGGCUGCUGUGCUCAAGAAUGCAAAGGUCCAAUGAACACUGAACUUUGGCCUGCUUUAUUGGUGCCCCUUGGGAGCCAUUGGACUUGACUUUGUAAGGAGAUCUCCCAUAGCAGCAUAAUAGCAGGAACUCUUGAGCUGAAUUCCAUAGGAUGCAGAUCUGGCCCUCUGCCUGCUUUCAUUCACAGAGACACGUCCCCUGUCGCCAACUAGCAUGCCUACACAUUCUAAUGCACACAUGCAUUCAUACACAGACCCACAAAUUGACAAAGGCACACAGGAACAUGUGUGCACAGACAUGCACACACACACACACACACACAUGCACACACAUAUAGGUACAUAUGAACACACGUUAACACCCAAAUGCACAGGCACACAUGUACAGAUGGCUUCAUGAGAACUGCCACAUCUCUGUCCAAACUGAGUGGCUCUUUGUUUAAAAUCCCUACAGGAAGUUUGUUAGUUUGUAAAUGCAGGAUUCAAGAGGGGGCAGACAUAUACACAUCCACUCCAACAUGAACGUAGACAGAUGCACCUUGAUCUUUCAAGGCAUAGCAUUGGAUUCCAGAAAAGGAGUCUGGAGAUGUGGCUCCGUGGUUAAGAAUGCAUACCGCUCUUACAGAGGAAUCUCAAGUUCAGUUCCCAGUACCCACGUUGGGCAGCUCACUACCACCUGUAACUCCAGCUGAAGGGAAUUCAUUGCUCUCUUCUUGGCUUUGAGGGCACAUACCUGUGAAUAUCCCCCCAUCUCUGCCAGACACAUUUAUACAUACUUAAGGGUUUAAAAUUAAAAUCCAGAAAAUCUACUUAACAAAACACAGAAGGAGCACUUCGAGGUUUCCUGCCAGUCACUGUAUAUACAACCCCAUAUUAACAUUUCUAAAUGAUACCAUGAAAUAAACAUUGUAUCCAAAGUUGUAAAAGAUAGAAGCAUGUAGGGUCUGCGCAUUGAGUGAAAGUUAGAGCCUCUACCCAGUUCUGCAGCAGCAAGGGCCACUAACCGUGGCAGAGAAGGCAUGUUCUCUGCCCUUGGUGCCAACUGAGUCAUAUUCACUUUGCUAAGAGAGCGCCCCCUACUGCCCACAUUCCCACAUGUCUUUAUUGUGUAAAGUAGAUUCCACGGGCCACCAACUUUCUUUUAAGGGACUUUCCGUUAAGGCAGUUUCUUGCAAGAAGAUCUAUGCUAAUGUUUCAGGGGUUGUGAAGUUGGAGAAUCCAAAUUUUAUUAAUACACAGCAAUGUUCUCAGGGAAUACUGUAAACAUCACCCAGGGAGGAAAUGAAGAAAUGCCAUGGGAAGUCAGGGCCUUUUGUGAUUUGUGCAGGGCCCUUCAGAGAGGUCUGUGUUGGAAGAAAACACACACGGAGACGAGAAAGAGUACAGCAGCCAGUCAGCGUGGAGGGAGACAUGGGCAAGUUAUUCACAGGUGAAUGGAGAAAUAAGUCACAUCCAGUUACAAAGACAGAAAAAAAUGAUGUGGGCUGUUUAUUCAGGAAGAAAGUGUUUUAUCUGCAGCAUGUAGAAGUGCUGUGUAUGGGCUUUUGCACCCUGAAGAGGAAGCCAGUGACCCAGGUCAGUAGAAGCCUGGUUCCUUGAGAAGCCACAAGGAAGGAGCUUAGAACAGACAUUUAUUUCUUACUUAGUUUUAAAGACAACAGAGAAAGCAUUUCUAUUGCAACCAGAUGUCAUGGGUUUCUAGAAUUAUGACUCGGAGUUUAAAAUCAUGUCCUACUAAAAUCUCGGUGUAUCAGUGACGCUUUCUUUCCUAAUAAUAAAAUGCCUAAUGAUUUACCCAA